AUGAUACCAUAUCAUACCAUAAAACUAACAAGCUCUUACAUAUUUCGAUAUUGUCGUAGAAAGCUCGGUAGAACAAAAUCUCGGGGUGGUGCUAAGAAUACGAGCUCAUCACGUCCAUUGUUUUUAUCACCGCCAUUUGUUAACGCAUCGUUGGUGAAGGGUAGUUUUAAAACGAUCGUUGUGUUACCAAAAUACGUGGACGAGGACGAAUGGUUAGCAGUGAAUGUAUUUGAAUUCUUUAAUUAUCUUAAUCUCUUUUAUGGAUCGGUGACAGAUUUCUGCACCACAAAUAAUUGUCCUUCUAUGAGCGCGGGACCUGGAAAAAGUGCAAAACUCUCAGCACCCACUUAUAUAGAUUAUGUUAUGACAUGGAUUCAGAAUUUAUUAAAUGAUGAAGCAACAUUCCCAACAAAAGCAGGACGGGAUUUUCCAUCUGAUUUUAGACAGACCGUAAAACAAAUAUUUAAACAAUCAUUUCGAGUAUUCGCUCACAUUUAUCACAAUCACUACGAUAAAAUUCUGCAUCUGUGCGAAGAAGGUCAUUUCAAUUCGUUAUUCGCCCAUUUUAUUUCGUUCGCCAAAGAGUUUAACUUAUUAGACAAGAAAGAGAUGGCACCAUUGGAAGAAUUGAUUGAAGUUAUGGAGAUGAAUGGGCACUUCAGCUAA